UAUUAGUCUUACAGUUACUUAUUGAAGUUUUAUUUUCAAUUUUAAAAUUGUUGGAUGUCAGACUUCUUUUGGCCACAAUAAUUUGAAAUCGUUCCCAGUAUAACAGUGAACUUCGCCAACGUGUUGGCGAGGAAUUUGAAGCAAAUGUAGAUAGUGCCAACUGAUGUUGUUCUUUUGUUGAGAUUUAAUUUGAAGGAAUUUAUAAGGAUUUCAAAAUAAUUAUGGCAUCAGAAAAUGUGUCACAAGAAGAUGCUGGGGAUUUUAAAUCGAGUGUGACAGAAGAUACUGAAAAUUCUCUCGAUUUUCAACUUGAAAAUUCGAAUGUUAUUGAAAUGAAAUCUGAAAAGGCAGAAACCGAUGAGGAUGAAGUUCUUUGUGCAAAACGCAGGAAACUAAAUUCAUCUUGUAUGGAAAACGAUGACAUAAAAAUUGAGAGCGGCAAUGUAUUGGAUAAUCUCGGAAAUGUAAGUAAUGAAAAUUGUGAUUCUCUUAUAGGUAAGUUAGAUGAAAAUGAACUUCAUUCACCUAUUCUUGCCACUAAUUCUGAGUCGGAAGAUGUUUCAUCAGUCGGAAAUUGUAAAAGUGUAGAUGAGAAAAAUAUGAGUACUGCCUCGGAUAUUUUUGAGAGAGCAUCGAUUAGUGAUAAUGAUACUUUUCUUUCAAAUACAAGUCUUAGAAAUGAACCUGAAGGUGUUGCUUGUGAAAUAGCUACAGAAAAGGCUGUAAAUGCUUGGGUGCAGUGUCUUGAAGGUGGCAUGGGGCUAUCUGAAGAAACCCCUGUUAAAGGUGAUCAUGUUAGAAGGCAUGGCAAAGGAAAGAGAAAAAGAUCUCAUGCAGGAAGUGAAAAUGCAUCUUCUCCCAUUCCAACUGAUAAGCUUCCACAGAUACCAGGUAUAGUGUGGAAAGUAGGAGAGCCAUUGCAAGCUAAUGAAAAAGGUAUAUGGUAUGAUGCAAAAAUAAUUGAUAUUAAUUAUGUAAAAGCCUCUGUGAAAAUACAUUAUCUAAAAUGGAAUUCAAGAUAUGAUUCAUGGUUACCAAUGGAAAGUGACCGUUUAAGAUCAAGCCAAAAUCUAAAACCAGUUGUAAAAAAAGUGAUAAAACAGUUUGUUGUUGGACAAAAUGUACUUGCUAAAUGGAAAGAUAAUAACUUAUAUGCAGCUGUUGUUAAAAAGUGCUUAGGUGAUGAUGAAUAUUUAGUAUCCUUUGCUGCAGAUGGUAUUCAACGUAAAAAGCAUGCCAAUGAUUUAAAGGAAAUAGAUUUUAAAUCUGAGACUGCUUUUCAGCCAGUAACUGAACCUGUUGUAAAAGUUGCGACGAAACAGUUUAUUAUUGAAGAAGAUCAUAAUCAAUAUAAGUGUUCCCUUCCUGGGUGUACAAAAAGUUUUAGAAAAGAAAAGUUACUUGCAUCUCAUUUAAAGCAUUAUCAUGGGGUUAAGCAGAAAGAAACUGGUCUUAAAGAGGCUGUUAAAACCCCUCCAUUAGUGUCAGAAAAGUCUCCAAAAAUGUUGGAAGAUAAGUCGAUUAAACAAAAUUUUGUAAACAAAUAUAAACCAGAAAAAAUCAAAACUUCUAAUGAAAAUAAGGCUUCUGCUGACAUCAGACAUGCUCAUAAAAACCAACAUACAGGUCUUAAGGAAAGAGUGAUUUCAGAAAUACAGACUAAAACUCCUUAUAAAACUGAUAUGGAUCACCGAAAAAUUAAGGAAAGUUUGAUGUUAAAAUCCUCUUCAAAUUUAAAAGAUGCUGUCCAGACUCCAAAAAAUAAAAUGAAGAAAGAAUUUACUUCUAAGCUGUCUGCUUCUAAGACUCAAUUAUUACAUGAAUCACCUAAAGAAAAUCAAGAAAUGGAUCAAAGCCUGCUACCAAAACGUUCAUCUACCAGAAAAGUUUCUUUGCCAGCUAAAUUUGCUAGUUCAGAUAUUUUUGUUACUACACCUGUUUUAAAGCAAAUUCGUCAUUCUGGUAUUCAAAAUAAUGAAUCGCAGUUAGACGAAGAUGAUGAAACUCAAAUUUUGAUAAAGAAAAACUCUGCACAGAGUAAAUUGCGUGAUAUUAAAAAGUCAAACAUAGAAGACCAAACAAGCAAAUUUUUAAAAAAGAAAACAUACAGUUUAACUCCCACUUACAAUCUAAAAUUCAGAAAACCAACUUCAAAAAUAGAAAGAUUGAAAUUUCAUGAUAUGACUAAAAAAUCGGAAGAAAUUUCAAAGAGAGCUGCUGAAAAAUAUAAGAAUGAUGAUGUUUCAAAAAAACAAAAUUCAGUUUUUACGUCUACUGAGAAUGAAUCUUCUGGCAAAUCCAAAGUAAAACCUUCUAGUAAUAUUUUAUCUAAAUCAUAUUCUCAAAUACUAUUUUCGAAUAAAAAAGAUAAGCCUGUUGCUCAGACAUUAUUUUCUACUAAAACUACUGAUUCCACUCAAAAACUAAGUAGUUCUGAGAAUAUGUCAUCAGCUAAUGUAGAAAACUCUGCUAAUGGAAAAACAUAUCAAGAAAGUGAACAUUUUGUUGAUGAAUUAAAAAAAUUUGAUAGCUCAUCAAAUAAAGCCUUAUUAAAUUCUAAUGCAAAGAAACAUGAUAAAUUAUCUACAGAAUAUCCCAAUGCAACUUCAUCAACUCUAAUUGAAAAAGACAAUAUUUCUGCUUCAGCUCCAGAAACUCAUGACACUGCACCUCAAAAACAACCAGAGACUAAAAUAGCAGAUUCUACAAAUUUGAGUGGAAAUUUAGCUGCUUUGCUUGUAUCCUCUUCCACUGUAAUUAAACAAAAAUCUGUAGAUAACAAUUUGACAGCACCACCCAACAAAAUUUCUACUGCGUCUGUAGAAAAACAACAUUUAAAAAGUAAGGAUAAGACAAGUACAUUUAACCUCCAAACAAACAAAGAUGUCCCUAAAACAAACAGUGCAGUUACUAGUCCCAUUAAUACUACUCCAAGUCAUGUAAUGUGUACUCGGUAUAAAGAUUCAUUGAGUGAAAAAAUGAAAGAAGAAAAUGCAGAGAUACGAACUUCUUUGCGCUCGAAAAGGAAAAUUAGGAAACCAUCUUGGAUGGAGAAGCCAAAACGCAGAAGAACAAGAUCUAAAAAUGAUUCCAUUUCAAUGGAUAUAGAACUUAUAAAAAACGGCACUCCAGUUUCUAUAAAGGAAAUUUCAGAAAAUGAAGUCCCUCAAAAUGUGCCUGAUGAUACGGAUCUUGUAGCUUGCAUUUGUGAUAGUACAGCUGAUGAAGGUAAAAUGGUUCAGUGUGAUUAUUGCAAAACAUGGCAACACUGUGCUUGCCUUAAUAUUAAGUCAGUUCGUAAGGACGAAGAACAUAUGUGCUGGAAUUGCCGUUAUUCUAAGUCUAUUAAAGAUUCUAAAGACAAGCAUUAUUUGGAAUGGGUGGCAAAAAAACAGUUUCCUUCAUUUAAAUUUUCAGAUGAACCUAAAAAUAUUGAUGCAAGAACAAAUGAACUUCUGCAACCACUUAGACAUGUUUCUGAACUUUUUGACCGAGCACGAGCUAUGAAGGAAAUGUUGCCCAAAGUUAAACGUGUUAUUGAUAUACUGAACAAAAGCUCUGAAAACAAAGGUGAAAACUCUUUGCCUGAUGAUGUGUCUUUUAUUAAAUCAUCUACAACCAGAGUUGGUAAUUCUGAAGCAAUUUGUUCCAUUGGCAGAAAGAUGCAUAUUGUAUACUUUCUGGACAUAUUAGUAUCUGAUGUUUUUAUAGCAAAUAAUUAUGUGUCUGAUUUUUUGACAAGUAACGAAGUCAAGGCAUUGAAUGCUUUGCGUGAGCCAGCCUCGACAUUUUUGGAUAAUACCAGAAAAGACCUGCCAGAUGCAAAAUGGCAGAAAGAUAAAGAAUUUUUGCAAAGGAAUAAAGAAAUAUUACAAAUUAUUAAUAAAAUCCAGAGAAAUUGUAAAAUACUGCCAUUUGGAAACUCUGCUGUUGCUCCAGCAUCAGAACUUUUCAAGCCCACUGCCAAAUUAAGGCUUGAAAACAGUACUGAUUUUUCACAACUCUUUAAGGAUAUUAGAGCUGGGAAACAGUGUUUUACUAUGAAGAGUUAUGGACUUGACAAGGAUUUGGUUGUAUCACCAUUCGCCAAAUUUCCAAAGGAUAGCUUUAAAUGUAAUGAACAUCAUGAAAUGAUUGCUUUUAUAUUAGUACAAAAACUGGAGCAUGGAUUUAAAAAAGACUUAUGUGUAGGUGUUGGCUUUCAGAGCUCACCUUACACUGUUGAAAGUUGUAUAAAUGAACUUGCAAUUACUGGAAAGAAUAUUGUGACUGGAUUAAGAAAAGAAUUAGAAAUGGAACAUAAUGAGUACUGCCCCAAAGAAGUAAAAGAAAGCUUGAUAUCAAUGUUUAAUCUAAUGGGUGCUGAAUUUGAUUUAUUGUUUUCAGGAAUAAAGGGAGCUACUCUUCAAGAAAAGCUUACUUCCAAUUCCAACUACCCAGAGUCAAGCCGAAGUUCUCAAGCUACUAUUAAAGAAAUGCACGGGAUCAUAAAAGAUUUGCAACUCUUAUGUUCAGUUGACCAACAUAAAGCAUAGUUGCUUUAUCUGUAGUGUAACAUGUAAUGCAGUUUUACGAAAAAGAGUGCAUCCCAGUUUUAAUUUUUUAUUGAGGGACACUAUAAUUAUAUGAUGAAGUUAUUGAUAUUCUGCUUAUUUCACUUGAAGUGGUUAAUUUGUUAAGAAUUAAUUAAAUAUUUACAUUGUUAGAAAAAAAUUGAUGGUCGUGAAUUUCACUUUAUAUGAUAAAUUUUAUCAUUUCAGUGUAUUGAACUUGAUAUAAUGUAUCAUCUAAAAGUAUCAUGCGUUUUUGACCUUGAUACAUUUUAAGAAACUGUUAUAUGUUGUUUACUCACUUAUUUGUGUAUAUUGAUAAAUGCUUUUUCAUUUUAAAUGCCAUCCAUAUUCAUUUAAACAUGUAGAGUGAAAAAAGAAUACAUUAAUCUGGUAUUUUUGGGAUAUAUGAAGAAAUGAAACCAUAAUUUAACUAGUUGUGGUUUAAUUGUUUUAAAAUCUAGAUAUUAAUUUUGAGUGUUAAGUACAUUUAUUCAUUGAUAGAUAUAAUACUUGAGUCCCUGUUAGAUUUUGUUAAAAUCUGUCAUUGCUAUGUUAUUAUGAAAAUUAUAUGUUAUUUUGAAAGAAAGAUUUCUAGAAUUCUUGGUAAGUUCUUGUAAAAUAUUCAUAAAAAAGCCUUUGUAAGUGAUAACUAUGCAAUUUUUAAUGAAAUGGGAAAUAAAAUGCAAAUUAAUAAAUAAAAUUAUUUUUAUAUUUCACCUUCUAAUAUUUACACUGUAGGCAUUUUCUAACGCAAUGUACUUUCAGAUUCUUUUUUCAUUAUUUAGAGAAUAUGCAUUUUGUAUUUAGUGCCUUUUGUAAAUAUUAUUCUGAUGUUGUUUCCUCACAGUAAAGAAGGAAGAAAUGUUUUUUGGGAAAGAAAAGCCUUAAGUUCUUGGUUCUAAUUUUUUUCUUUAUUUUUUAAUCUGAAGAACAUCUUUUCCCUUUCUUGUAUUGGUGAUGAAAAAUUCAGAUGACUAUUUUUUAAUCCAUUCAAAUAUAGAUUUCAUUUUAUGGAGCCCAAAGAAAAGUUGUAAUACCCCUGAGUUAAAGUUUUAUGCAUUAUCAAAAAAAUAAAAGUAAAUUACUGUUUUAUAUCAAGUAAUAAGUAAACAAGAAAACAAUUUUAAUGCCUAUUGCUUUUAAUGAAAUAUGAUGAAAGUACCAAUACAUUUGCAAUGAAUUUUUUUUUCUUUAAAGUGCAAAAAUAUAAAUGAACUGAUGAAUUAUUUUUCAUUUAUUUAGUUUAAAAUUAAAAUAAUACUCCUGCUCUUACUGUUAACUUGUUAUGUUUCUGCAAUAGAGACAAAAUAUGAAUUUAAAAAAUCAAAUCAAAUUGGCAAAGGUAUUUUAAGAAAUGUAUAAUACUUUUUUAUAUCUGAAAUAUUUAUUAACCAAAGCGAUGAAUUAACAGUUUUCCUUCUUUAAAAUUACUGUGGUUAAAUUUUAAAAGAAAUGAAUAUACUUGAUUUUUUGCUGCUUAAAUUUGAUGUUAGUAAUUUUUUUUCAAUAAAAACUUUAACAAUAUAUCUUAGGCCACUUUAACAGAAGUGUACAUAUCUUUAUGUAUUAAUCAAAUAGGCAUUCCAAAAUUUUUGGCGUUCAAAUUUGUGGAACUAUGUUAGAAAAAAAGCCUCAUAUUAAUGUGUUAGAAAAAGUUAGUUUUGUUACAUUUCUAUUAGAUUAUCUUCAUACUGGCAUAAAUAGAUACAAAUGUGAAAAAUGUUGAUUUUUCACAUAAGAAAUGAAAAAGAAUUAGCUUAUGUGUUUGUUUAAAUUAAGGAUGUCAAUAUUAGAAAAUUAUUCUGAGGGAAGCAAGGAAGAAAAAAAUUAUUAUAUAGAUAUUUUUUUUAUCUUUAUAAAUGAAUAAUUUAGAUUUCUUAUUUUAUCAAAUAAAAAGACAUGUUUUAAGAAUUUAAAGUUAAUUUUUUUUCAUAUUAAUCUGAAUAGUUUUAUAAUUCAUAGGUCAUUUUGAAUUUUCAAUAUAAGAGUAUAUGUUGGUUUUAGAUGCAACCACUUCCAUCUGUCUAUAUUUUGUAAAAUCUACCAUUUUAGCAUAUGCAUAUUUUGUAAUAUAUGGAAAUAAACUUGUACAUAAAUAUAUAUUGUGUAUGUAAAUGCCAUUAGAUUAAUUCUAAGUCAUUAGCUGUGCCAGUACGCAGAUGCUUAUUACAUUUUUCUAUCCCCUUAUAUCUUUAAUUUCAUAUUAUAUUUGACAUUAUAUUCCUUUCUGUUAUGAUUCAUGAUAGAAACUUAUAUCAAAUGAAUUUUUCUUUGUUUGGUUCUUUGCCUUUAAUAUCUUUUUUUACUUUUAAUUAUUAUUAUUUAAAAUGCAAGUUUAUCUUUGUUGCAGUUCAAUAUGCUUUACAAUUUAUUAUAGAAAAAUAAUAAUUGGAUCAGAUAAUUAACACUAAUUUAUAAAAAUAAUGAUACAAGAUGAAAUACUUGGGAAAACAUUUUGUAUGAAGGGAAGAAGGGGGUAUUCGUUUCAUUGAAAUUUAACAUGGAUUAACUUUAUAAAACAAUUUAUUACAAAUUGCUAAAAAAUGUUUUUUUUUUUUUAAAAAAGUAAUAAAUCUGAAAUAUUUACAAAUUUUGAAAAUAUACAUAACUAAACUGAGAUAUAAUUUAUCAAAUAUUUAUUACUUUUAAUGUAAAAUUUCAAUCAAACUUAUCUGUGUUAACUCUUAAUUAAAUAAUUUUUCUCACAAGGCAAUAGGACAUUAUUUUUUAUUUUGCAAACUUAACUUGAUAAAUAAGCAAAAACUAUGAAAUUUAAUUUUCAAGCUAUAUUUGUAUUUAAAGUUUAGUACAGCUUAUGUAAAUGUAUGAAAUUGUUGUCAAGGGUACUGUAUUAUUGUUUCAUGUUGUUAUUAUUUUAAUAUCCUUGUAGAACUGAAUUUUGAAAAAAAGUUCAGUUGAAUUGCUCUAAAAUAUUAUUACUUUUAAGUAACUGGAAAUUUAAAAAUGCUUGAAAAAAAAUGUAGACAUUAACCAUUUGUAUUUUUCUGCUACUUUGACCAAUAUUGUAUUUUUGAGGUAAAUUCUUGUUUACUUAUUUGCUAAAUUCUUAUUUUUGAAGUUUUCUGUAAGGA